UUCAGAAACAGACAGACAGAAACCUAGAACAAUUCAAGUUUCAAGAAACACACAAAAUGAGAAUGAGAAUUUUGCUCCUCUUCACCACUCUUGUGGCUCUGGCCAGUGUAGACAGUGUCUCUCUGGAAGACCUGGAGUUCAAUGACUGGAAAUUGAAGUUUGGUAAGAUCUAUAAGUCUGCAGUGGAGGAGAUUCAGCGUAAGAUGAUUUGGAUGGAAAAUCAUAAGCUGGUCCUGAAACACAACAUGCAGGCUGACCAGGGCAUUAAGAGCUUCAGACUUGGCAUGACCUAUUUUGCAGACAUGGAUAACCAGGAGUACAGAAAUUCUGUAUUCAAAGGCUGUCUGAGAUCCUUUAGCAUUACCACAGGAGACAGUGCAGCUACAUUCCUCCGAGGGGGAGCUGUUCUGCCAAAAACUGUGGACUGGAUUAAAGAGGGAUACGUGACUGAGGUUAAAGACCAGCAGGAAUGUGGAUCCUGCUGGGCCUUCAGUGCAACAGGGUCGCUGGAAGGUCAGACUCGAAAGAAGACGGGGAAGCUGGUGUCACUGAGCGAGCAGCAGUUGGUGGACUGCUCGUGGAAAUAUGGGAACUUUGGUUGUAUGGGAGGAUUGAUGAACACGGCUUUUGAAUAUAUUAGAGACAACAAUGGAAUUCACACAGAGGAGUCCUAUCCUUAUGAGGGCAAAGAUGAUAAUUGCAGAUUUAAUUCAGACACUGUGGGAGCCACCUGCAAUGGCUAUGUGAAUAUAAACAGUGGAGAUGAGAAAGCUCUACAGGAAGCUGUGGCCUUCAUUGGACCAAUUUCUGUUGCCAUAGAUGCAGCCCACAUAUCCUUCCAGCUCUAUAAAUCUGGUAUCUACGAUGAGCCAGACUGUAGCAGCACUGAGCUGGAUCAUGGUGUCCUGGCUGUUGGUUAUGGCAGGAAACAAAAAAAAGAUUACUGGCUGGUCAAGAACAGCUGGGGUCUCGACUGGGGUGACAAAGGUUACAUCAAGAUGUCAAGGAACAAGAACAACCAGUGUGGUAUUGCCACAAAUGCCAGCUAUCCUCUGGUUUAAAGGUGUAAAGAAAAAUGUCAGUGUGACAGCUAUUAAAAAAAAUCUGAGUUUGUGUGUUAAGCCAUCAUUAAUGGGAUUAAGUGUUAUGUUUUAAAAGAAUCAUAAUAAUCAAACAAUUCUUAGUAUCAAUAUUUUCUACUUUAACAAUCUUUCACUUUAGUUGUCAUGAUUUGUCAAAUACUCAGUGCCAAGCAAAUUAUGGCAUGAAAUGGCUUCUAGUAAAUGCCUGUUUUCAGGCACAGAGUGACUUUUGCACAUUAACUUUUCAAAUAAUAACAAAUAAUAAUUAAUUAACUCAUCAGCUACUUAUCAAGUAUUUCACUUGUUUAAAGAAUAGUUUUAAAUGUAGAUAAUAUACCAAACUGUCCAGAUUCUCCAUGGUUACAGAUUAUACAAUUACAGUAGCCUUUUUUGAGCAAAUAUAAAAAUAAAAAAAAAGGUUAGCAAUGUGGCACAUUAUUAACUCCAGUACCUUGCUUGGUAAGAAUAAAAGUGAAUUUUCUAUUGAUUUGGUACUGUAUCAGAUAAUAUUGAAUUAAUGUAUUGUUGUGUAUGAGUCUAAAAAUCCUGGAUCUGGAUUAACUCCUGUUUCUGGCUCUAACACAACUCAAAUUUACUUUAGAAGGAAUGUUAAUCAGUGCAUCAGCAGAAUUAGGAGCAUUAAGAGCAGAGAAAUCAAAUGUGCAGGAUAAGGCAUACACUAGGACCAGGGCCGGAACCAUUGAGUUAAAAUAGUGAAAACUUUUAAAAAUUAAGAAUAUGAACCAGGAAUCUCUUGAAUGAAUCAAGUAUUCACUACAG